CGGGCCGGGGCCGCCAUGGACAGCCCGAGCGGGGACUGCCCGCCCGCCGCCGCCCCGUCGCGGGCGAAGCUGCCGCUCAGCAUCGUCUUCUCGACGGCACUGUUCUGCGGGGAGGGGGCGGCGGCCACCGUGCUCUGCCUCUCCUACAGCCACUCCGACGACCGCUUCUGGCUGGCGCUUACCGUCUUCUUCGUGCUCUGCCCCUCCGUCCUGGUGCAGCUCACCCUCACCUUCGUGCACCGCGACAUCAGCCGCGACCGCCCCCUCGUUCUGCUCAUGCACCUGCUCCAGCUUGGCCCCAUUAUCAGGUGCUUGGAGGCCCUGCUGGUGUACUGCAAGUCAGGGAAGGAGGAGGAGCCCUAUGUCACCAUCACCCGCAAGCGGCGGCUGCGGAAAGGCUACGAGGUGGAGAUGGAGCAGGAGGUGGGACACUCAGAGCGCCGGCUGGCCACACACCGCAAUGCUUUCAAACGCAUGGCUGUCAUCCAGGCCUUCCUGGGCUCCACCCCACAGCUCACCGUCCAGCUCUACAUCAGUGUCCUGGAGAAGUACGUCCCUGUUGCCCGAGCUGUCCUCAUGGCCAUCUGCCUGGUGUCGGUCACCUACGGGGCGCUCGUCUGCAACAUCCUGGCCAUCCAGGUUAAGUACGAUGACUACAAGGUCCAGCUGCGGCCACUGGCCUUCCUCUGCAUCGUGCUGUGGCGCAGCCUGGAGAUCUCCACCCGCGUGGCCGUCCUUGUGCUCUUCAGCACUGUCUUCAAGCACUGGAUCAUCCCCAUUGCCCUGGCCAACCUGCUGGUGGUCUUCUUCUUGCCCUGGGUGCAGUUCUGGCGCAGUGGCACCCGCCUGCCCGACAACAUCGAGAAGAACUUCAGCCACGUAGGCACAGUGGUGGUGCUUUGCGCCUUCACCCUCCUCUAUGCCAGCAUCAACAUGUUCUGCUGGUCGGCCGUGCAGCUCAAACUGGCCGACCGGGACCUCAUCGACAAGUCGCAGAACUGGGGCCGCCUGGCCGUGUACUACGUGGCCCGGCUGGCCGAGAACACGGCCCUCGUCAUCCUCUGGUACUUCUUCAAAACAGACGUCUACGAGAAUGUCUGCACCCCACUGCUGGUAGUGCAGCUGCUCCUCGGCUACUGCCUGGGCAUCUACUUCAUGCUUCUCUUCUUCCAGUACCUGCAUCCCUGCCGCCAGCUCUUCCGGCACAACGUCGCUGACUUCCUGCACUGUGUCUGCUGCCGCCGGCACCCACCAGGGACCCCGCUGUGCCUCGAGGCACCCUUUGAGCCCGGUGUGAGGCACAGCAUUGUCUGAGGCACAGCUAACACCCACCUCUUCCAGCUGACUGCAGGCAUGGGGAUGGGCAGCACUGGGCUGCACCAGCAGUCGGAAGAUGCUUGUGGCAUGAGCCAGGUGCUGCCUGGUUCUGCAGUGGCAGCGGGUCCCAGUGGCAGGGGGACAGGAAUGUGCUCAUCUGCCCAGGACCAUGCAUAUGGACACGAAGGAGGGUUGAUUUGGAUUUGAUACAAGAAAGGAGUUUUUUACAAUGAGGGUGGUGAGGCACUGGCACAGGUUGCCCAGAGAGAUGGUGGACAUCUCAUUCCUGAAAAUAUUCAAGGCCAGGUUGGAUGGGGCUCUGAGCAACCUGGUCUAGGUGAAGAUAUCGCUGCCCAUGGCAGGGGAAUUGGACUAGGUGGCCUUUAGAGGUCCCUUCCAACCCAAACUAUUCUGUGAUUCUACAAUUUAAGGACUUGUGGGGUGACCAAACCACCUGCUGCUGCAAGCUGGCUGCUGUGCAGUGCACAGCCCCUGGGGUGCCCCUACACCCCCACCUGCUGCUAGGAUGUAUACUGUGACCUGGGGCCAUGGGUGCCAUUGGGACUGUUUUAAGCAGUAAAGAAACUUUGCUGUGA